AACUGGCUACUUUGUGAGCAGAUGUGAAUUUAGUUUCUAACCGAAAAGAUAUCCGCAUCAGAACUUGAAUUCAUUUUCAUCAACGCAGAGGCGCUUGUAUUGCAAAUUAUUAUUAGUUACGCAAUUGAUUAAUAAUUUAAAAUGUGGCAUCUAAUGUGGUUGACAUUAAGUUUCGUGCUGUGUUGCUUGUCGACGGUAAAUCGUGUCGACGCUGCCCCAAUUGACAGUGAUUACAAAGCAGCGGAAUACCUGAAAAGAUUCGGCUAUUUGGAACGUGGACCUCAGGACUCUUCUUAUUCGGAAAGUGUUAAAACUGAAUCUUUCAUUGAUGCAAUUAAAGAUUUUCAAUCCUUUGCUGGAUUGAAGAAAACGGGUAAACUUGAUAAGGCUACGAAGGAAUUGAUGAAUAAACCGCGUUGUGGGGUUGCGGAUCGAAUUCGCCCCGGUCAUUCCAGCACUCGCCAGAAACGAUUCGUCAUUCAAGGGAGCCAUUGGCCUAAGAAAAAAUUAACUUAUAAAAUUAAGAAAUACACGCCGGAUAUGAGCCAAUCUGACGUGGAUCGUGGAAUCGCCAGAGCCUUUCAGAUGUGGGCGGACGUGACCGAUUUGACCUUCGUCCAUGUCAACAAUGAAUCGGCUGACGUCGACAUCGACAUCCUUUUUGCGUCUGGAGAACAUGGAAGUUGCCCAUCCUUCAAUGAUGGCCCGGGUGGUACUUUAGCUCACGCUACCUAUCCCAUUUAUGGAGGUGAUGCUCAUUUUGACGAUGGCGAAACCUGGACGCUCGACUCUGUUAAAGGGACGAAUUUAUUCCAGGUGGCUACCCACGAGUUUGGCCACUCUUUGGGUCUGAACCACACAAACGUAACCACGGCUGUAAUGUAUCCUUAUUACGUUAAGUAUCAACCUGAUUUCAAAUUAGACAUGGACGACAUCGAAGGCAUUCAGGAACUGUAUGAUGGGAAUAAUCAGUUCAGCAGGAAACUGGCACUUGAAUUAAAAGCCACCGUUGAGCUCUUAAGAAAAACCGUGAACAAUUUAGAGAAAAAGAAUAUUGAACUGAGAACUGAUAUUCUGGAUUUGACGACCAAAUUAAAUGUCCGAACGAGUGAAAUAGUCGACAUUGGUCAAAUGCCAACCUCGUGUGCAGAUCUGGAACGGACGGGACAUAAACUGAGCGGAUUCUUUUCUGUCAAAGGAUCGAAGAAGAUGGAAAUGAUUUACUGCGACUUUAAUGCCCAUCAAAACGACAAACAGAAAUGGAUCGGAUACGCCGACGUCAAAUCUGCGCCCGUCCAUUUCUACGUCCAGAGAAAUUCUUCAUUUUCCACACGUGAAACUCCAAUUCCGUUCGAUUUGUCGCGUGUGAACGAGGGAAACGCCAUGAAUUUGACAUCGGGGAUAUUCACGGCACCGCGACCGGGAAUUUAUUUUUUCUCUUUCGCGGCAGUGGCGCGUCUUAAAGAUUCAUCUGAUGCUGAUUUUUUUCCUUCUCUUUAUUUGAACGGGAAUUCAAUCGGGGAUAGCAAAGUUUACGAGGGAAACGGCCCCGUUUAUCAACUUAGUCCGUUGACCCUCCAGUCGACGCUCAACUUGAAAAAAGGCGAUCGAGUCUGGGUGAAGAUUUAUUAUCCUAGUGGUGAAUUGAAUUCUUUGCAUGACAGCAGCAAUGGCCACUACACCCAUUUCACGGGUUUCAUGUUGGAGGAGGAAAUAGUUGCGUCCCUUUGAGGUUCAACUUCAUCGGCGACACGAAACAUUUUCGACCCAUGAAACAAUUUUGUUUCAUGUCGACAAGAAAAUUUGGGGAGAAAGAGAAUUUUAAGGGGGGGGGGGAUUCGUUCGACUCUAAUUCAUUAAGGGGUAAGAUUUUAUGUACCAAAAUUGAACUGUAGAUGUAAUUCCACUUAUUGAAUACACAAACGAAUUUCAAA